UUCAAGCCACACCUUUCACCACACUCUUUUUUUCCCUGCCCAGGUCAAAAAUGUAAGACGGGAAGAGCAGUAAACUGUUUGUUAUUCUCAUCCAACUUCAAUCACAUCCUGCGCACACCUGAAAUACCAAGCGUAAACCAUGUCUUUCACCGGAAAAUCAAACAGCCAAUCAGGCACAACUUCAAGCACAGGAUCCAUUAAUCCAGUGAAUGAAAGCAAAAAGAAAACAUCCCUGCUAAAAGACAAUAGCUGGAUCAAGUCAAAUGUGAACGAAGACCAGAAAGUCGAACAAGAGACGAACUUUGGGAAAACUGUUCUGAGCCGUUACAAGUCCAAUGAAAGCCUCACAAGCCCUCAAGAUAAAACUAGCAAAACUGAGACUAAAACCACUACUGUCACUACUUCACCUGGCUCUUCUGUUCAAGCUCUCAGUAAAAGAUUUGGUGGGAGCCAAGACAAGCUGAAUGAAACCAGAACCCCAUUAAAUAAACCAUCCGUGAAAUCGCUGCCCAGGACAAGCACUACCAGCACGACAACAACAGUCAAAAAUGGUACAAAGACAACUGAGACGACUGUGACCACUACCAAACAGGAUGUGGUGAAAUCAUCUACCAAACUCGAGACAGUCAAUGAUAGAAACCCGGCAGAUUCAAGUACCAGGAGAACAGGUGACUACAAAACAACAAGACAAGAGGACAUCACUGUGAAGUCAUCAAAGGACACUGUUGAUGGACCGUCUUCACCUGUCAAGACCACUACAAGCAUCAAAAGCUACACCAAGGAGGACGUUUUACCAGCUAAAACAACACCAUAUUCUGUCCAAUCCACAAAGAGCUCUGAGAAUCUCACACCAACAUCAUCAAUCAUGACAACUAACACAAAACCUGAAAUCAGUGACUCCAAGACUGAAGUGGUUACUGUAAAGUCAUCAAAGACUAUCAUUGAUACACCAGCUUCACCUGUAAAGACCACCACAAGCAUCAAGACUUAUACCAAGGAGGAUGUUACAUCCACAAACACAAAGAGGCCAACUUCACCUGUCAAGACCACCACUAGCAUCAAAACCUUCACCAAGGAGGAUGUUUCACCAGCUAAAUCAACAACAACAACAACCUACACCACAAAGAGUGACUACAAGACUGAAGUGGCUACUGUGAAGUCAUCAAAGGACAUCAUUGAUAUACCAGCUUCACCUGUGAAGACCACAACAAGCAUCAAAACCUACACCAAGGAGGAUGUUACAUCCCCUAAAACAACACCAUAUUCUGUGCGCUCCACAAAGAGCUCUAAGGACUUUCUGUAUGAUACUCCUACUAAAACGUCAAUCAGUGACUACAAGACUGAAGUGGUUACUGUAAACUCAUCAAAGGACAUUGUUGACAUACCAACUUCCCCUGUCAAGACCACCACAAGCUAUAGCAUCAAAAGCUACACUAAGGAGGAUGUUUCGCCAACUAAAACAACAUCGGAUUCCAUCCGAUCCACAAAGAGCUCGGAGGAUCUUCUGUACGAUACUCUCAUACCGCUGUCAAUCAAAUCAACUAACAGCAAACCUGACAGCAGUCGUGAGGAUUUGUCAUCCUCCAAAACUGUCAGAACCGUGUACUCAACAAUUGACAGAAAUGAGUGGAGUACAGACUUAAGUCCUUCUUACACCAGAACGUCAUACACAGAAAGCAGGCCUUUUGAAUACAUGUCGGAUUCUCUCACAUCAAAAACUACUACGACUGUAUACUCAUCACCGGAAAGGAAAGUAAAUGCGAAGGACAUCUGCACAUAUUGCAAUCAAAGCAUGUACACAGAUGAAAAGUUUAUCUUGGAUGACAUGAACAUAAACUGUCAUGCAAGAUGUUUCAAGUGUGGGGUGUGCAAUACUUCACUGGGAAACCUGAGGGCUGGGGACAGCCUGUGGGUUUACCAGUGUGCGAUUCACUGUGCAAGCUGCUUUGGUGUCACUAAGAACAAAUGGAUGCGCUGAAACAGUUCCCACUGAAGAAGUGAGCUAAUGAAGGAGAUGAUGGCAAAUGUGAUAAAACUGCCUAUACACUGAUUAGACAUGGACACGGGUCAUUCGAUUUAUGGUGGUGGACUUCUAUCAGAUAGAGUUUGGGGUUUAUUCAUUGUAUUAAUAGAUAUUUAUAUACUUAUACAAUUACCAAUACUAAUAGGACUAUUUUAAAGGAAAAAUAACAUUAUUUUCAUAUAUUUUAUGACUGUAUUAAAUGCAGAAACACAUUUGUUUACAUCUGAAUGAUUUUUAUCAGUCAGAUCUGGUUAAGCAUCAUUCCAGUUAGCCUGUCUCUACUGUGCAAUUUGCAUGUGCUUGUGCUUGAUGUAUUUAAGGAAGUAUUUCUAUUAAAGAGAACUGAACAUGCUCUGAUCAAGGCAUCUUAUGUCUUAUGACAAGAUUCCUAUGGGGAUACAAAUAAAGAGCUAAAGUUA